CAUAUCGGUCGGUAAACAAAUAUAUAACGGCUAAUAUUGAUUGCUUUCGUCAGUGCAUUUGAAUCAUUUGAUAACUCCGGUCUGUAGUCUGCAAAAAUGGCGUAUUUCGGGAAGGAAUUUGUUUUGGACAGACAGGAGAACUUUACAGAAUUUAUUGAAUCCCUGAAAAUGGAAAUCCCUCCUGAGAUCAAGAAGGCCGUGAUAAAUUCCAAAUCAUUGGCGAAAAUCGAUAAAAACGGUGAUGAAUACACGCUCUCAUCUGUCAAAGUUGACGGCAGCACGUCCAGCAGGACUUUCAAGAGUGGUGUUGAAUAUGAAGAAACUAACUUUGGUAGAACUGGUAAGGCGGUUAUCACUGUAGACGGUGACACCUUCACUCAAGUGCAAAAGUACCCCGAGGGGACCCUCACGACCACGAGGAAAUUCUCUCCUAACGAACUAGUGGUGACAAUCACCUUUAGUGGUUGGGACGGGGAAGCUAAGCGAUACUACAAAGCAAAGUGAACAUAAUGUUUUUUAUUGUUAGAGUUGUAAUUAAUAACCUACUUAAGAUUUGCGUUCUCAAUAAAUGUUUUCCACGUUAUG